AUGGGGAACCAGCUGACCGAGAUAGCCCCCAACACCCCGUUCCUGCAAAACUUCCAGUCCUUGCACGUGGUAGUGAUUGGCCUGGACGCGGCUGGCAAAACCUCUCUGCUCUACAGACUGAAACUCAAGGAGUUUGUCAAGACCAUCCCGACCAAGGGCUUUAACACGGAGAAGAUCAAGGUAGUGGUGGGCAGCUCGCGGGCCAUCACCUUCCAGGUGUGGGAUGUAGGGGGCCAGGAGAAGCUGCGGCCCCUGUGGAAGUCAUACACGAGGCGGACCGACGGCAUUGUGUUCGUGGUGGACUCCACCGAGGCCGAACGCAUGGAGGAGGCCAAGGUGGAGCUUCACAAGAUCACCCGUACCUCGGAGAACCAGGGGGUGCCCGUCCUGUUGCUGGCCAACAAGCAGGACCUGGACUCGGCUCUGUCUGUGAGCGAGGUGGAGAAGGUCCUGGCCGUCCAUGAACUGAAUGCUUCCACCCUGCACCACGUACAGAGCUGCAGCGCCGUGGAUGGACAAGGCCUACAACCAGGCCUAGAGAAACUCUACGAGAUGAUCCUGAAGAGGAAGAAGAUGGUGAAACACAACAAACAUAGAAAGAGAUGA